GUUGCCAGGGUACUUGUGAAACUUGGUGGGGCGGUGGUGGUGAAUGCAACUCGAGAGCCAACGCUCUGAGGCGCUGUGGUUCUGGGCGGGCGAGUGAUUCCCAACUCUCAUGCGGCCAGGGAAGCCGGUCUAUCCGAGUGGAGCUAAGGAGGUCAAGCUCAGGACCUGGAGUAUGUGGAGAGCUGAGGGGAUUCGGCCCAUGUGAAGCCGCGAUCUAAUCCAACAUUUUACACGAGUUCGAGAAUAACCUUCUUUGCUCAUUCCAGCUUUUCUGCGCCUCAAGAGCGUUACUCUGUAUCAUUUAAUUUAGAGUGGGGGAAUAAAAAGAUGCAACAGUCUCCAGAACAAAAUCAAUUCCACGUUCGUUUUGAACUAUUCGGUCACCAGCAGUUCUAGCUUGAGGGGCACCACUCCACAUCAAGCAUACCUGACCAGGAGGCUCUCCCACUCUUACCAUCUGCAUAUUGGGAGGAUUUACAGGCUGCUAAUCAACCUGCCUGACCACCUUAGGAAUGCAUCUUCAGUGGCCAUUAAGUUCCUGGAAUGGGAUUCAAACCUAGAGUUUAUGGCUCAGAGAGUUACUGAUGAAAAGAAAAAAGAGGGCAGUGUGGCUUUCAGGCAUUCUGCUACUUCUCUCACUUUUGAUCACUGCUGUUGGUAUUUUCACUGAAACAAGAACAGAGAACAUCAGUAUCAUCGGUUAUGCAUCUGGAAUAAUCCUUGCCUUUGGAUCAUUUCUUGGAUUGCUGGGACUUUUUCUGGAUGAAAACCGGAAACAACUGUUGGUCGCAGCCAUCACUUUCCUCAGUUUUGGAGUUAUAGGAGCAUUCUUCUGUGUGGUUGUGGAUGGCGUCUUCACAGCUAUAAAUAUUGAUCUAAGACCACUGCGUGUAGGUAGAUGUCAAUAUUACACCAGUGGACAGAACUAUAUUUAUGAGAAUUAUCUGGCUACUGUGCCUUGCCAGAGUUUCACAGAAUCAUGCAGUCUGAAAGUGCGGAGUAACACUUGCUAUUGCUGUGACUUGUAUGAUUGUGCAAAUGGUGAUUAUUUGAACAAUUACUUCGAGUUUGUUGGAGUGAAGAGUUGCCAAGAGGUUCAAUCUGUAUACAUCAUGAUUUGGCUGGUAACCGUGCUGAAUGUGUCUGCAUUUAUUCUGGGAAUUACCACCACUGCCAUUCUUGGUAACUUUAAAAACAUGGAGUCUCUCAUUGGACCUGAUUGUAGUAUCCAGCUCUUCAACAUUCAAAAUUCCAGACAUAAGGCCAAGGAACAGACAAAGACCCAGCCCACAGUAUCUCCAACAGCACCUCUCCUGCUGCAAGAACAAGGGAUAGACACAAUGCAACAAAGGCCCUCUGUUCAUUACAUGUCAAUGCCAGUGGCUGAAUCUCUGCCUUGCUGCAAUCUUAACCACACGAAGAUGGACAGCAACCCUCCACCAUUUGCCCCAUUGUACAAUUUGUUGCCAGAAAACCCAUUGGGGUAUCCAUUGUGAUCAGUUAUUGUCUGCCUGUGUGUAGAGGUAAACUAUUCCACCCAUAAAAUUCCGGUUUACAGAUCUGAGGUUUAAAAAGAUUAGCCUUGGUGAGGUAGAUCGUAACUUUGCGUGAUCGUGUAAGACAGGUGACAGUGAGUUGGCAGCAAUCUCCUGAUUUUUAUUUCCAUUGACUUCAACAUAUAACAAUGUAUAAUGGUUACUGACUCCCUAUCACCUGUUUGACAAUAUCACAAAAUCAAGAUCCACUCAAUGAAUUUUUUAGUCAUCAUGUUAUCACUGUGGCAUACAUAUGAUAGACAAAACAAUGUUAUGUUUUGGAUUUUUAUUAAACCAUUGUAAAUAUUUAUAUCAUACAAAUGGAUAUUUUCAAUAUAUUAGCUGUUUAAUAGAGCUCAUUUAUUAAAUAUCUAUCAUUCCAGUUAAAUUUGCCAUGUAAUGGAAUAACAUGCCUGUCAUUCUUGUAAUUAUAACCUGCAGCUAAUCUGAUUUCCAGCCCAUAAGGAACAGUACGAAGUAUCAUACAGAUCAAUAGGACUUCAGCUUCCAAAUCACCAUCAUCCUAAAUGUACUUGCUGACUUGAAUUGAUUAUAGGGCCGUAAUAUCCGAGCCCUAGGGCACCAUAACUGGGGAGGGGGUGGGGGGAGUACCCCAAAAAUGCCCUGGGGAACUCCACCCACCUAGAAUUUCCCAGGUAAGGUUUGCACAGCAAUUGUCCAGGAAGUGCAAACUUUCCUUCGACAAUUGCCCUGCACUGGGACCCGUCCGAAAAUGGGAUUUAAAACACAAACUUCGGGUGGCACUGACUGUCUUACACCAAUAGUUACACUGAAAUUGUUAAAAUUACUUCUAACUUCUGGGUAACUAUUGUACCGGCCCACACUAAACUCCCCAUGGGAUUCCCAUCCACAACCCGAAUCCCUGCAGUAUUUCCCCACCCCCACGAUGACUCCCCGCCCCCAAGGAACUCGCCCACUCUGGGAUUCCCCCAUGGGAUACCCCCCCACCCCCAAAGCCUACA